UGUGACUAUUUUUUAUUUUAAUCAGUUACCGUAAAUAUUUUUUGACAAAAAAAUCACCUGGUGGCUGCCGGCUGGUAUAUACAAUUUUAAAGGUCUGCAGGUGUCUGGAAAUUCUUUACAAUUUGUGCAUCCCCAAAAAAUUGGUCUAGUUGCACCUAAAAGUACCUAUUGUGACUUUCGCCCAAGUGUUCGUCUGUCGAAUGGUCAGACUUUGCUCGAACAAGUUUAAUUGGUGUUAUGCAUAUAAAUUAUAAACAUACUAUAUUAUUAUAGUGUGUAACGUAUAAACCAUUAUUGUUUUAUCUUUUAUACAUUGUCAAUCCAUAAUUUAUGGACGUCAAAUGUCAAUGUCAUACAUAUUUUUAACUAUCAUAAUUCAUAACGCACUUAAAACACUCGAAAAAAUAAAGCGAAUCGAAAGUGUAAAACGGAGGCUCAAUCGAUCAUAACGAAAUGCAAAAAUAACCCGGCAAGUAAACGUCUGUAAAAUAUAUACGUAUAUAUACACUUUUACCCUUAAAAUGUUCCGAGUGUACCUACAUCUCUAGCGCACGUGGUGUCCGGCCGCGGCACUUCUAAAAAUUUUAUUCGCCGAGCGUUUCGCCAAUGUAGCGCUGACGGUCUGCGGUUCGACGCCGAUGCGAUGAUGACGUCUUCCCAAUCGAACAGUAGCUCCAGUGGGUCGAUCCUUGGUUGGUCGUACACUCGUACGUCAUCGAUGCCGUAAUUCCUGUGCUUAUAAAUCCUGGGCGACUAGGUCAGACCUCGUCGGUGAAAAAUCAUCGACGAAAAUGUCAUCACCGAACCGCGUCACGUCAGCUAUAGUCAUACCGAACGCACGUCGUGCAACUCAACGGCUCACAUUGUACAGUUCACCCCGAAGGCACGACCCAACCGAUGUCCGAUACACAAAAAAAACAGAAACGGGAAAAACCAUGUCGAGUUUCGCGGCAAUGUUGAUUGUAUUUUGUGCGUGUCCAACAAUAUUCCAGUGGACUCAAGUCGGUGCCGCGAACAUUCUGGCGGUGCCUACGGUCCCGGACAAGAGUCACUGGAACGUGAUGCGAUCAGUGCUCCGAGCGCUGACGGACCGCGGCCACAACGUGACUGUGUUCACUUCGUCCCUGGACGGCAACAGGGAAGGUUACACGGAGGUGGACGUGUCUGCAGAGCAAAGGCCACCGCUCGUCGACGUGGAUGCGACGUACCUGAUCGAAACGAUCGGCAAGCCGGGACAAUUGAUCCCGAUCUUGGCGAACGAGACUCGGGUGAGUUGCGACAAGAUUUACGGGAACCGACUGAUGACGGACAUCUUGAACGGGGUGGCCCAGAAAUUCGACUUGGUCAUCACCGAACCGUUUAUGUCGGAGUGCGUGGCGUACGUGGCCACCGUUCUCCGCGUGCCAAUGGUGUACGUGUUCCCGCCACCGAUUGCCACGUUCCUCGAACGUCUGCUGACCGGACACGUCCCGAACCCGGCGGCUACGGGGCACGUGAUGUCCGGCCACGGAGUUUCCGAAACGUUUGCCGAACGUUUAGCCAAUGCGGUACUAACGGUGUACUGUUCUACGUUGAUGUGGUACGCCGAGUGGAAUCUUCGGAGGACCAACCCUAGACCAUACGAUGCCGUGGAACUGGUGAAACCGUCGGUGAUUUUCACCAACACGCAUUUCAUUACCGAACCGUCUAGGCCACUGACGCCGGACGUAGUCCAAAUCGGUGGCAUACAUCUGACCCCACCCGAAUCGAUACCGAAGGAUAUUUUGAAAUUCAUCGAUGACGCGACCCACGGGGUGAUAUACUUCUCAUUCGGAUCUAUAGUUUCGAUGUCGUCAUUACCGGAAAAAGUUCAAAACGCGUUCCUUGAGGCGCUCGCCAGACUUCCGCAAAAAGUGUUGUGGAAAUACGAUGGUGAAAUGAAAGACAAACCAAAGAAUGUGAUGACUCGUAAAUGGUUUCCGCAACGUGACAUACUUUUACAUCCUAAUGUGAAAUUGUUUAUCAGUCACGGAGGAAUAUCCGGAGUGUACGAAGCAGUGGACGCGGGUGUGCCUGUACUAGGAUUCCCGUUUUUCUACGAUCAACCGAGAAAUGUUGAUAACUUGGUAGCCGCCGGGAUGGCAAUCAGUAUGGACCUGUUAUCAGUCACUGAAAAGACGUUGUUAAACGCUGUUUUUGAAAUUGUCAACAACGAUAGGUAUCAUAAAAACGCUAAAAUCGCUUCCAGACGGUUUAAAGAUCGACCCAUGUCACCCACGGAGUUGGUGGUUUACUGGACAGAGUACGUUUUGCGUCAUAAAGGAGCUCCACAUUUAAAAUAUCACGCUCUGAAUCUGACAUGGUAUCAAUACUUUUUGGUUGACGUAAUUAGCACAAUUUUAUUCAUUGCGUUUUUCGUCUCGUCCAUAAUUUAUUAUGGUCUAAAAAUGAUUUGGAAGCACAUUUCCAAAUAUUUCCAAACUGUCAAAUCAAAACGUGAAAAAACAAUAACUGGAAAAACCAUGUCGAGUUUCGUGAUGGUGUUAAUUGUGUUUUCCGCAUUUUCCACACUAACCCAGUGGACGACGGUCAGUGCCGCGAACAUACUGGCGGUGGAGACAGUCCCGGGCAAGAGCCACUGGAACGUUAUGCGAUCCGUGCUGCGGGCUCUGACGGAACGCGGCCACACAGUGACCGUGUUCACGCCGUUUGUGGACGGUGACCGGGAUGGUUACAUAGAGGUAGAUAUGUCCGAGCAAAUGGUACCGAUUGUCGGCGCUAACAUGACAUACCUGAUGGAAACAUUCGUAAAAAAGCGAUUAUUGUUGUCACUCACGACGGACAUAACUCGGGCGGGUUGCGACAAAAUUCACGAACACCGACUGAUGGUCGACAUCAUGAAUGGAGUGACCGAGCGGAAAUUCGACUUGGUCAUCACCGAACCGUUCAUGUCUGAGUGCGUGGCUUACGUGGCCUCUGUGCUCAGCGUGCCUAUGGUUUACGUGGUACCGACGCCCAUCUCCACGUUCCUGGAACGUCCACUGACCGGACACAUCCCAAACCCGGCGGCCAUCAGCCACGUGCUGUCCCACCGAGGCGUUCCUAAAACGUUCACCGAGCGUUUCGCCAACGCGAUGCUGACGGUGUACUGUACGAUACUCAUAUGGUUCGCUGAGCGUCAGCAUCAGAUGUACAACCCGCGACCGUACGACGCCGUGGACCUGGUAAAACCGUCGGUGAUUUUAUCCAACACGCACUUCAUCACCGAACCGGCUCGGCCGCUGACGCCGGACGUUGUAGAAAUCGGUGGCAUACAUCUCACCCCUCCCGAACCGAUACCGAAGGACAUUUUAGAAUUUAUUGAGAACGCGCCUCACGGAGUGAUUUACUUCACGUUCGGUUCGGUGGUUUCCAUGUCGACGUUACCGGAAAACGUACAGAUCGCGUUCCGAGAUGCUCUCGCUAGCGUUCCACAGAAGGUGUUAUGGAAAUACGAAGGUGAAAUGAAGGACAAACCGAAGAAUGUGAUGACGCGGAAAUGGUUUCCACAACGUGACAUCCUCUUGCACCCCAAUGUGAAACUUUUCAUCAGUCAUGGAGGUAUAUCUGGAGUGUAUGAAGCUGUGGACGCAGGUGUUCCUGUAAUAGGAUUUCCUGUUUUCUUCGACCAACCGAGAAAUAUUGACAAUUUGGUUGACGCCGGGAUGGCGAUCUGCAUGGACUUGUUAUCUGUUACUAAAGAAACGUUUUUGAAUGCCGUUUUGGAGAUCGUCAACAAUGAUCGAUAUCAAAUAAAAGCUAAAAUCGUUUCCGAACUGUUCAAAGACCGACCCAUGUCACCUGCGAAAUCGGUGGUUUACUGGACAGAAUACGUUUUACGUCAUAACGGAGCAGCACAUUUAAAAUCUCAAGCUCUGAAUCUAAAGUGGUAUCAAUAUUUUUUAGUUGAUGUAAUUAGCACAUUUUUGUUCAUUGCGUUUAUCUUUUUUUUCAUAAUUUAUUAUGGCUUAAAAAUGGUUUUUAAAUAUUUCCAUAUUGUGAAAGCAAAACAUGAAUAAAAUAAAAUAAUUGUAUCAUCAUAAAUAAGAAA